UUGGCCAUCGAUAUCGCACGCAGUCCGCUUGGAAUCCCCAAUUUUGCAAGUGGGUAAUGGCGGGAAGCUGCUCAUUCUUCUUCUCUAAUACAGCUUAAAAGCUAUAUACAAAGAACAAUAGAGAAUCCCUGGAAUCAAUCAUCCUCUACAGGCGACCGAAGAUGGCGCUUCUAAGAUCUUCCCACUUCAUUGCCUUGGCCAAGUUCCCUAUCCACUCUCUCCUCCCCUCUUUCAAACCCCAGAGUGGUAGAAGAGAACCAGCCACUGGGUUCGCCGCCGCUGCUGCUCAAAGCUGCAAUCUAUCGUCGGCAGCUGAUGUAUCAGAAUUUGAACGUGAUGAACCCCAUGAUGAUAAUAAAACGGUGGAAAAACAUAAGGCCCUUAGUUCAGCACUGUCACAACUUGCUGGUGAUUUUGGUAGAGAAUCCAUGUUGUCUUUGCAGCGAUUUUUUGGUUCAAGACGUUUGCCUGUCAUAUCAACUGGAUCGUUAAGGCUCGAUAUGGCACUUGGAGUGGGUGGACUUCCAAAGGGGAGGAUGGUUGAAAUUUUUGGCCAAGAAGCAUCAGGCAAGACAACACUUGCUUUACACAUUAUCAAGGAAGCCCAGAAGCUUGGAGGUUAUUGUGCGUAUCUUGAUGUGGAGAAUGCGAUGAACCCUUCCCUACUGGAAUCCAUGGGUGUAGAUACAGAAAACCUCCUUAUAUCCCAACCAGAUUCUGCUGAAAAUUUGUUGUGCAUGGUUGACACAUUGGUCAAAAGUGGAUCCAUUGAUGUAAUAGUAAUUGACAGUGUAUGUAUUUCUUCUAUCUUCUUGGGUUCUCUCAUCUUCUUCGCCUUUAUUUAA